UACAUGCUCAUUAGUAAAAAGAAUUGCUUCAUUUGGGUGUGAAGCAGCUGAGGGGAGGCGCCGAAGUGGACGAAGGACUCCCCCCGGCUGCUGUGUACGUGCUGCGGGCCUCGUUUCUGCUCUCGGUUCGACUCGGCAGUAGAAAACUGUAGGAUCUUUUUUUUUUUUUGUAGCCUCAAGCAGGCGGAGUGAAAGUGCACACGUGGAAACCCGAGAUUGAUGUGCGUUUCAGCCAAUGGGAGUUCGUAAAGGUGACGUUAGCUGACCUCUGCCAACCAAUGGCAACGCUCGAGGGGGAAAAUGGGGGAAAAAGAUGCUGUGAACGGUUCGGAGGAGAAGAGGAUUCUUAGGUGAAAGAGUCGAUGUUUACUUCGAUGAAGAAAUUUAGCCAAAUGAUGGAAAAAUCAAGAUGUUUUCAAUUUUAUCUUCACUAACUUUUUAUUUUUGAAAUCUCCUGAGACAAAGCUGCUUUGGCCAGGGGUAGCACCAUGGGGAGCUUCAAGGGCCACGCGCUUCCCGGGACCUUCUUCCUGCUGGGCGGCAUCUGGUGGACGGCCAAGUACUCGCUAUGGCACGCCAUCCGCCGAAACAAGAGCAUCGGCUCUACCCGGCUGAGCGGCAGAGCGGCACACCGCCGCCUGGAGGUCGUCGAAAGCUCGCUUGUACUCUUCUUCUCGUUAGUGGGGAUGCUAGCCGAGCAGUUCUUAAACGACGGGCCGCGACUCAGGCUGUACGACUUUGCGGAGAACCACUGGAAAGACCUGAUGAACUGGCAACACGCCACCAUGUACCUCUUCUUCGGCCUGGCGGGAUGCGUGUCCUUAAUCGUACAUACUACAGAGGCCGCGCCCCUCGCCCUGGACAGGAUGUUGAUGGCUAUCGCCUUCUUUAACGAGGGGUUCCUCUUCCUCUACCACCUCCACGGCCGGACUAUGUUGGACGUGCACUUCCAUAUCCUCCUGCUCUACGCCGUCUUCGGGGGGGCCGUGGUGGCCUUCCUGGAGCUUUUCCACAGAGGCAACAUCCUCCUGGAGCUGCUGCGCUGCGCCCUGACUUUGCUGCAGGGGAGCUGGUUCUGGCAGAUUGGCUACGUGCUCUACCCUCCCAGCGGUGCCCAGUGGGACCCCAAGGACCACAACAACGUGAUGUUCAUCACCAUGUGCUACUCGUGGCACCUGGCCUUCGCCAUGCUGGGCGUCGGCCUGCUCUACUGCCUGGUCAGCUGCGCGGUGCGCUCCCGGCUUAAGAAGACCCCCGCGGUGGAAAUGGGCCUGCUAAAGCGCAGUGAUAAGGACCUCGAGUCGGAGGAUGAGGUGGUGUGAAGCGGACCCCCGCCACCGUGCCGCUACUCGUUUAAAAUCAGGGAUAGGACAUUUGAGGUGCCAGCAGCCUCAUCACUGCCUUAGUUCCUUAUUCAACUGCUCUAGCUGCCUUUAGUAGCCUGUAUUCUCAGGGCCCAUUGCUACGGCAUAUACAGUAGCUAUAUCGCUAUUGCUAUACGUAGCGUAUUAGCAGAGUGGUGCCCUUUUUUUUGCCAAACUGUUAGAAUUGUUAUUUCCUGUCAUUACACUUGACUAUUUGUAUGUCAUAUUUGGUCUUGAACAAACAACACGCUUCUAUUUAUGUAGCGACAAAAGUCUUCAGAAAUAAUGACAGUAUUUAAUGGCGACAUGCACUUUACCGCAGCCUCUUGAUGUUUGUUAGCUUAUUGUAUCACACUAAUAAAAGAUAUAUGAUGUCUAAAUGUGCUUUGUACAUAAAACGGGAAAUGUACAGGGUGUACCAAAAUUGACGAUACAUACAUUUCCUUUUUUCUAUUUUGUUUCGGGUAAUCAUUCGGCCAGACACGCGGCCGUCAGCAUUUGACUGUGGCCAAAUUUCGCAAACCAGGAUCUGUUCUGGACAAACCGCACGGCGUAAGCGCUGGGCUUACCACCGCUGAAGAAAACGGCAAACUCUUAUAGAGCAGGCGUUCUCGCAAAGCCACGAAAAGCCUCGAAAACUCUGUGAUCAAGCUUUACUCAUACAAAAUUCAGGUACUCCUGAACGCCUCCUCCAGAAGUUCGGUGUUUCGGUGCGUGAUUUGUCAAGAGAAAGAUCCUGUUUCGAUAAUCUUGCCGUGAAACGAAACGAAUUAGAAAAAAGGAAGUGUACAGUGAAUUGUGGGACAUGCAUGCUUUUGGAAUGUGGGAGCAAGCCGGAGUUCCCAGAGGAAACCCACGCGUUUGCGAAGGGAACGUGCAAAGUCCACACAGGAAGGACCUCAGGCUAGAUUUGAACCUGUAACCUCUCGAUGUGCUAACCACUUCACAACCAUGCUGCUGUGUAGUUGUGCUGUUUGUACUGUGUCUAUUACGCUUGCAAACAUUCACCCUCUGUUACGUGUCAGCUGUGAGUUGUUUAUUUUUUCUUCUUCGAAUAAACACAACACAUCGUAA